UCGCGUGUGCCAGUUUCCCAUUCUCUACACUACAAUCAUCCAGCAGUGAGGGAACUCCCUCACUGUUUCGAAAUGGAGCUCUGUGUUAUUGGUAAUGGAUAUCAGCAUGUUCUGGCGACUCAGUUACCCACUCCUCCUUCUUUAAUGGCUUCUGCACCGCGUGCUGUCCCCAGGCUCAGCAAUCAUCGCUCCAACUCUCUCGCAACCGUCCCUAAAGAGCAACCAAUCCACCCCAGCUCUCAAAAUCGUAAGCUCUUCAAUGGUCAGAAGCGCCACUCCAAGUCAUACCUAGAGAGACAAUCCGCUAUUAGACAAGUUCAGAACUGCUCUGAGUUGGGUCCGGCUCUUGCGAGAUUUAGUGGAAUUCUAAAAGUGCAAGAUUUGAAUGUGAUACUGCGACAUUUUGGCAUGUUGAGUCGGUGGCAGGAUCUAUCUCAGCUCUUUGAGUGGAUGCAGCAGACUGGAAAGACUAACGUUUCUUCUUACAGCAGUUAUAUAAAGUUCGUGGGGAGAAGUCUUAAUCCUUUGAAGGCACUGGAAAUCUACAAUAAUAUUCAAGAAGUAUCAACAAAGAAUAAUGUGUUCAUUUGUAAUUCUGUUCUCAAUUGUCUGGUGAGAAAUGGCAAGUUCGACACCAGUGUUAAGUUGUUUCAUCAAAUGAAGAAUGAUGGUUUAUGUCCAGAUACUGUUACAUACAGCACGAUGCUUACUGGUUGCAUCAAGGUUAAACAUGGUUAUGCCAAAGCAUUAGAGCUUCUUAAGGAGCUGCAAUUCAAUGGACUUUGCAUGGAUAGCGUACUGUAUGGGACACUCAUUGCUGUUUGUGCUUCACAUAAUAGAUUGGAAGAUGCGGAAAGCUUCUUCAUCCAGAUGAAAAACGAAGGUCAUUCACCAAAUAUGUUCCAUUAUGGCUCUCUGCUUAAUGCUUAUUCAACGAGUGGAGACUAUAAAAAGGCUGAUGAGCUGAUUCAGGAUAUGAAAUUGACUGGGUUAGUACCAAAUAAGGUGGUUUUAACAACAUUGCUGAAGGUUUAUGUCAGGGGAGGUUUGUUUGAAAAAUCAAAGAAAUUAUUAUCAAAAUUGGAAGCCCUUGGCUAUGGUGAAAAUGAGAUGGUUAUGCACACAGCAUCAUGAUAUCAGGUUUUUGCCGAAGUGGGCUUCUAGAAGAGGCAAAAAAGUUGGCUAAAGAUUUUGAAGCCACAUAUGACAGAUAUGACAUUGUGAUAUUGAAUACAAUGCUCUGUGCCUACUGCAGAGCCGGCGAAAUGGAGAGUGUCAUGCAAAUGCUUAGGAAAAUGGAUGACUUAGCAAUCAGUCCAGAUUAUAACACCUUUCAUAUCUUAAUCAAAUAUUUCUGUAAGGAGAAACUGUAUCUACUUGGUCAUAGGACCUUGGAGGACAUGCAUCGUAAAGGCCACCAACCAGAAGAGGAACUCUGUUCAUCUUUAAUAUCAUCUCUUGGGAAGAUAAGGGCUUAUUCAGAAGCAUUUUCAGUUUACAAUAUGUUGAAAUAUAGUAAAAGAACUAUGUGCAAGGCACUGCAUGAGAAGAUCUUGCACAUUCUGAUUGCAGGUCGACUUCUCAAAGAUGCAUAUGUUGUUGUCAAGGACAAUGCGGAAUUAAUUUCUCGACCUGCCAUAAGGAAGUUCGCUUUUGAAUUUAUGAAGUCGGGCAAUGUGAACUUGAUAAAUGACGUAAUGAAGGCAAUCCAUGGUUCUGGAUAUAAGAUUGAUCAGGAUCUAUUUAUGAUGGCUACAUCACGCUACAUCGAGCUACCUGAAAAGAAGGAUUUGUUUCUUCAAUUACUACAAUGGAUGCCUGGUCAGGGCUAUGUUGUUGAUUCAUCAACAAGAAACCUUAUCUUAAAGAACUCACAUUUAUUUGGUCGCCAGCUUAUUGCAGAGAUUCUCUCAAAGCAGCAUCUAGUGUCAAAAGCUACAAGAUCUCAUGCGAACUCGUUCUUUUAAAAUAAUAAGGAACGAUUGUAUUGAUAAGUAAAUAUAACAAAAGGAGAGGGUAGAAUAGGGGUCUCAAAGAAAUUUUAGGCCAAGGAGAUUAUAAAAUAUUCUCCAAGACGUAAGAUUUUUGGGUUGGGUGAUGUCUGAUUAAAGAUACCGUUAUUUGUUAGUAUGACUGAUCAACCCUUAACAUUGAUUCAAAAUAUAUGUAUAUAUUUGUUGAGACUAA